AGGUGACAUGUAGGGAACAAAAUUGACAGAUUGUUCAUCAACGCGUUUAUUCGAGACUUCCGUCAGCAACAUAGUUCUUUCCUCUCAGCAUCAUGGCCGAUCAGACCGAACGUGCUUUCCAAAAACAACUAACAAUUCCAGUUGUACGACGCAAGAAUGUGUCGGGACAGCGCAAACUUCGCACCCGUCACUAUCGUGAAGUUGGAUUGGGAUUCAAAACACCGAAAGAGGCAAUCGAUGGUACCUAUAUCGAUAAAAAAUGUCCAUUCACGGGAAACGUACGCAUCCGUGGCCGCAUUUUGAACGGAAUUGUGCAGAAAUUAAAAAUGCAACGCACUAUCGUCAUUCGCCGUGACUAUUUGCACUAUGUGCGCAAAUACAGUCGUUUUGAAAAGCGCCAUAAGAACAUGUCCGUACAUUUGUCACCUGCUUUCAGAGAUGUUGAAAUUGGUGACAUCGUUACGGUGGGCGAAUGCAGACCGAUUUCAAAAACUGUUCGUUUCAAUGUUUUGAAAGUAACAAAGGGGGCUGGAUCUAAGAAAAGCUUCAAAAAGUUCUAAGCUAUUUUCUUUCCAAAAAUGUAUUCCAGCAAAUAACGAAUAAAUCAACAAUCAUCAAUUUGAUUAAGAAAAUCAA